AUGAGUAGUGCCGUAUAUUACGAAGAUGCAAAACCGCUCCCUCCAUUAAAUCAACUUAUGCACUUACCCCAGUCAGACAUGUAUGAACCAGUUCAAUCGUCGUUAGCAUCUCCAGAGGUGUUUUCUCAACCAACGUCGCAACAUUCUAGUACUAGGACCACACCAGCGUCCAGUUUCAGUGGAGCUAGUGGCGCCCCCACUUCGGUUGGUUCACAUUAUGCGAUCACUUCGGCAUCGCCAUCGAUUGACAAAUGCACCUGUAAGAGUAAUCAUAAUCGGAUUCCAAGGCCACGAAAUGCGUUUAUUUUGUUUCGUCAGAAGUACCAUCAGGCUGUUUUGGAUGAGGAUCUGCAGGUGAAAACCAAUCCGGAAGUUUCACGAGAGUUGGGUCGCCGGUGGCGAAGUUUACCUCCGCAGGAAAAAGAGCAUUGGAACCGGUUGGCGGAAGAGGAGAAGGCAAACCAUGCAAAGAGAUUUCCGGGAUACUGGUACACCCCAAGACGCAAUGGCAAAAAGGGAAGUUGUCCUGCGUGCCGCCAGAAGGCUGCAAAGCACCAACAAUUACAGCUGAUUCAGCAGUAUGCACCUAUUCCUGAUGCACUGUACGGCUACGUUUUGCCGCAGCAAAUGCAAAUGAUGCAGCAACAACAACAACAACAGCAGCAGCAGCAGCAGUAUCUUCAGCAAAACCAACCACCCCAACAGCCUCCAAACCAACACCAGCCCCAAAACCAAACUCAAAACCAAAAUCAACACUAUACCAACUUCAUGGCUCCUAUGCCGGCAUACACAGCCAACCCCGGUGGUGCAGGCAUGGCCGGGAUGCCGUUGAUGGUGCCGCAAUUUCAGCAAUUCGGGUUCAAUCUGGAAGUCCUGGUGCUGGCUCCUCACCAGGAAAAACUCUCGCCGCUUUCUUCUGCAGUUAAUGCUACCAAUCAUGUGUCUCCAUUUGCCCACAACUCCGAAUUGGGAUCGUCACAGUUCCAUUACGAUAACGGCAUGCAAUCUGCACCUUCGGCGUCGCAGUCAAUUUCGGUUCCAAAUCCAGCAAGCGUAAAUGUCAAUCUUUCCAAUCCGAAUCCGCCGAGGUUCAGCUCGUUACCCAAUAACUUUGCCAGUUAUGCAUUUGAGACAAUGAUGCCUCAUCAGUCGUGA